AUGUUUGUUUUUUCAGCAGCGAUGUUUGGGACUAUUACAAACCAGGAUCUGCCUAUGAUCAAAUGUGUUUUAAUCAAUCAUAAGAACAAUGCUUCCUCAGCAGGGAAACCAUCAUUCUAUUUGAAGGAGUCAGGAGCCCCAGAAGACCUCGGGUGUGCGUUGAGACCCGGGACCAAAGGGGCCGUGUACGAAGCCACAGCGGUGGAAGUGGCCGUGUCUGCGUCCGUCACCCUGCAGGUGCUGGUCAACACCCCAGGGAACAUUUCCUGCCGCUGGGUUUUUAAGCGCAGCUCCCUGAAUUGCCAGCCUCACUUUGAUUCACAGAACAGAAGAGUUGUUUCCAUGGUCAUUUUGAAAAUGACAGAAACCCAAGCUGGAGAAUACCUACUUUUUAUUCAGAGUGAAGCUACCAAUUACACGGUAUUGUUUACAGUGAGUAUAAGAAAUCCACCACUUUAUACCCUGAGAAGACCUUACUUCAGAAAGUUGGAGGAAGAGGAUGCCCUGGUCUGCGUGUCUGAGAGUGUUCCAGAAGCCACGGUGGAAUGGGUGCUUUGCAAUUCACAGGGUGAAAGCUGUAAAGAAGAAAGCCUCGCUGUCGUUAAAAAAGAGGAGAAGGUACUUCACGAGUUAUUUGGAAAAGAUAUAAGGUGCUGUGCCAAGAACGAGCUGGGCAGGGCAUGUACCAAGCUGUUCACAAUAGAUCUGAAUCAGUCGCCUCGGACCACACUGCCACAGUUAUUUCUCAAAGUAGGGGAACCCUUAUGGAUCCGGUGCAAAGCUGUUCACGUGAACCACAGAUUUGGGCUCACCUGGGAAUUAGAACACAAAGCACUUGAGGAGGGCAGCUACUUUGAGAUGAGCACCUAUUCAACAAACAGGACCAUGAUACGGAUUCUGUUUGCCUUCGUAUCGUCCGUGGGAAGAAACAACACCGGAUAUUAUACUUGUUCCUCUUCAAAGCAUCCCAGUCAAUCAGCUUUGGUUACCAUCCUAGAAAAGGGAUUUAUAAACGCAACCAAUUCAAGUGAAAAUUAUGAAAUUGACCAAUAUGAAGAGUUUUGUUUUUCUAUCAGGUUUAAAGCAUACCCACAAAUCAGCUGCACUUGGACCUUUUCUCAAAAAUCAUUUCCUUGUGAACAGAGUGGCCUUGAUGACGGCUACAGCAUAUCCAAGUUUUGCAACCAUAAGCACCAGCCAGGAGAAUAUAUUUUCCAUGCAGAAAACGAUGAUGCUGAAUUCACCAAAAUCUUCACGCUGAAUAUAAGAAGGAAGCCUCAAGUGCUCGCCGAGGCAUCCACAAGCCAGGCGUCGUGUUCCUCGGAUGGAUACCCCUUGCCAUCUUGGACUUGGAAGAAGUGCUCUGACAAGUCUCCCAACUGCACAGAAGAAAUCACAGAAGGAGUCUGGAAUAAAAAGACGAAUAGAAAGGUGUUUGGACAGUGGGUAUCCAGCAGCACUCUGAACAUGAGUGAGGCUGUCAGAGGGUUCCUGGUCAAGUGUUGUGCGUACAACUCCGUUGGCACGUCUUGUGAGACGAUCCUUUUAAACUCUCCAGGUCCCGUCCCUUUCAUCCAAGACAGCAUCUCAUUCUAUGCGACAAUUGGGCUCUGUCUUCUCUUCAUUGUCGUUCUGACCAUGCUCAUUUGCCACAAGUAUAAAAAGCAAUUGAGGUACGAGAGCCAGCUGCAGAUGGUGCAGGUGACGGGCUCGCUGGACAACGAGUACUUCUAUGUUGACUUCAGAGAGUACGAAUAUGAUCUCAAGUGGGAGUUUCCAAGGGAAAACUUAGAGUUUGGGAAGGUGCUGGGAUCGGGUGCCUUUGGAAAAGUGAUGAAUGCCACUGCUUAUGGGAUUAGUAAAACGGGAGUGUCCAUCCAGGUUGCAGUCAAGAUGCUGAAAGAGAAAGCAGACAGUUCUGAGAGAGAGGCGCUCAUGUCAGAGCUCAAAAUGAUGUCUCACCUUGGAAACCAUGAGAAUAUUGUGAACCUGCUGGGGGCGUGCACGCUGUCAGGACCCAUUUACUUGAUUUUUGAAUACUGUUGCUAUGGCGAUCUUCUCAACUACCUAAGAAGUAAAAGAGAAAAGUUUCACAGGACGUGGACAGACAUUUUCAAGGAACACAAUUUCAGCUUUUACCCCACUUUCCAGUCACACCCGAAUUCCAGCAUGCCUGGUUCAAGAGAAGUUCAGAUACACCAAGACUCAGACCAGACCUCAGAGCAUCAUGGGAACUCAUUUCAUUCUGAAGAUGAGAUCGAAUAUGAAAACCAAAAGAGACUGGAGGAAGAAGAGGACUUGAAUGUGCUGACAUUUGAAGAUCUUCUUUGCUUUGCCUAUCAAGUUGCCAAAGGAAUGGAAUUUCUGGAAUUUAAGUCGUGUGUUCACAGAGACCUGGCGGCUAGAAACGUGCUCGUCACCCACGGGAAGGUGGUGAAGAUAUGUGACUUCGGACUGGCUCGAGAUAUCAUGAGUGAUUCUAACUACGUUGUCAGGGGCAAUGCCCGUCUGCCUGUGAAAUGGAUGGCUCCGGAAAGCUUAUUUGAAGGCGUCUACACCAUUAAGAGUGACGUCUGGUCAUACGGGAUAUUGCUCUGGGAAAUAUUCUCACUUGGUGUGAAUCCUUACCCUGGCAUUCCAGUGGAUGCUAACUUCUAUAAACUCAUUCAGAGUGGAUUUAAAAUGGACCAACCGUUUUAUGCUACAGAAGAAAUAUAUUUUAUCAUGCAGUCCUGCUGGGCUUUCGACUCAAGGAAACGGCCGUCCUUCCCUAAUCUGACUUCAUUUUUGGGAUGCCAGCUGGCAGAUGCAGAAGAAGCGAUGUACCAGAAUGUCGGUGGCCGUGUUUCCGAGCGCCCUUCUGUCUACCAGAACAGGCGACCUUUCAGCAGAGAGCUGGAUUCGGACCCGCCAUCGCCACAGACUCAGGUUGAAGAGACAUAGAGAAACAAUGUAUCUUAAGAGCAUCAUUCCCUACCUACCUUCAGCAGGCUGUAGAUUACCAAAAUGAGAUUAAUCUCAUCAUGAAAAGAAAACAUAUUAUCAACUGCUGCUUAGCUGGACUUUUCUCUACAAGCUGUCUGCACCUCCUCUUGUUUCCAAAGGGAAUUUUGUAAAAUCAACUCAUCCUGUGUGCAAGACAGGAAGAGCUGAUCAUCAACUUGGUUGGGGCGCCCACCUGCAUCCAAAGGCCUUCUCAGGCUGGCUGGAGAGAAAAUUGUGACCUGAGGGAUGGCAUCUUCUUGUAAAUACGUACAAUGAAAGCAUUUUGCUAAAGAGAAGCUAAUAUGAUUUUUAAAAAUCUAUGUUUUAAAAUAAGAUGUAAUUUUUUCAGCUAUUUAGUGAUCUAUUUUAUGGAUGGAAAUAAAAAUUUC